GCGGUAUCUUGGGAUUUCUUUGGUACUUGGUAUGAUUAUCUCUAUUUUUAUUUUUUUUGCCUGCUUGAUUGGGCAUUUUAUAUUCCUUGAUCUUACUAGCGGAGAUACAUUUUAUUACAAACUCCUGCCCCUUUGAGCUCUUUCAACAAUUACAAUCGGUAACACACCCUGCCCGUUUGAUUUAGGUUCAGCUAAGGAAUCUCCUCAAGACUGCAACAAUUCGACCUCAUGACCCGUACCGAGACGACCCUGAUCCUUGCCGCCCUCCAACCAACUCGCCACACUGGCUUGGCAACCGUCACGAUCUUCUUAGUCUUUCAUAUACUUCUUGUACUUACGAUCAUCUCCCUGUCCAGCACGUCUCUCUCUUCCAUUGGUGAAGCUUGGCAUACAGUGGCGCAGUUACAAAGUGCCAAUGUUGUGUCUCUCCUUGACAAUGCAAGCUUGAUGCAUGAUGGAGAGGUGGAGAGAUGGGUAGAGAAGAGUGACGGGAAAGGAAGCGCGAGUAGGGUUAUGGUAUUGGGUGGUGAUGGAGGCAGUGGGGCAGCACAUGUGAGAAAAUGAUGGGAGUCGACACAGUUUUAGGGGGCCUUACUUUGAAGGGAGCAUUAGCAAUGAAUUCGGAAUGUUUCAUGGCAUAUGGCAGGUACUGGGUUUUGGAAUUUAUAAAGCAGAACGGGUAUUACAUGCGAAGAGAAUGGAG